UAGCACAUAUUAGUUACUUUAGAAAUACAUGUUUGAAUUAGUUGCUUGGUGUUGAGACUACGGAAGAAGAUAAGGGCUACAAAUUAGCCUGGGGAAAGGGAAGCGAGGGCUAGAGUGGCGGAAGGCGCGGCUCGCGACGUCACUGCGAAGUGACCCACGGGUCUGGACGACGUCGUUGGCCACGGGCCUCGGGCUUCCGCGGGACGGAGAUGACAGACUGGGGCGGGAAAACGAAUAGCUAACUCGCAGUUCCCGGCAUUCUUAGUGGGCGGGGCUUCACUUUGACCCCUCGCUCGCAUGCUACACAUCCGGGCUCCUGCUAGUAGUGAGGGGAAGAUGGCGGCCGCGACGGUGUUGGUUCCCGUAGAGUGGAUAAAGAACUGGGAGAAAACAGGGAGAGGCGAAUUUUUGCAUUUGUGUCGGAUUCUGAGUGAAAAUAAAAGCCAUGAUAGUUCGACUUACAGAGAUUUCCAGCAAGUUCUCUAUGAAUUAUCAUACCAUGUCAUUAAAGGGAACCUAAAGCAUGAACAGGCAUCUAAUGUUUUUAAUGACAUUAGUGAAUUUCGUGAGGAUUUGCCUUCCAUUCUUGCUGAUGUAUUCUGCAUACUAGAUAUUGAGACAAAUUGUUUAGAAGAAAAAAGCAAGAGAGACUAUUUUACACAAUUGGUAUUAGCGUGUUUGUAUUUAGUUUCAGACACAGUUCUAAAGGAACGCUUGGAUCCAGAAACAUUGGAAUCAUUAGGGCUUAUCAAACAAUCACAGCAAUUCAAUCAAAAGUCAGUUAAAAUCAAGACAAAACUCUUUUAUAAGCAGCAAAAAUUCAAUUUGUUAAGAGAAGAGAAUGAAGGCUAUGCUAAACUGAUUGCUAAAUUGGGGCAAGAUUUAUUGGGAAAUAUUACUAGUGAUUUAAUCUUAGAAAAUAUCAAAUCUUUAAUAGGAUGCUUUAAUCUGGAUCCCAAUAGAGUUUUGGAUGUCAUUUUAGAAGUAUUUGAAUGCAGGCCAGAACAUGAUGACUUCUUUAUAUCUUUAUUAGAAUCUUACAUGAGUAUGUGUGAACCGCAAACACUGUGUCAUAUUCUUGGGUUCAAAUUCAAGUUUUACCAGAAACCAGGGAGUCCACUGUUAGUACAGGGAAGGAGAAGUUCAAGUAUUUCAUCACAUUUUAAGAGGCACCAUGAUAGCUUUGGCUUUAAGAAUAUGAAGCCAACUGCUAAAGUGACAGGAAUAGUGAGAGGAGACCUCAUUGAGAAGAUGAGACUUAAGCAAAGAAAUGAAGAAUGUGAGGGUGUAAACUGUACAGAUAUCUGGAGAAAAAUCUUCAGGCAAAGAGAACAGCCAAGCAAAGAAAGGCCUCAAGCAAGCAAAUGUCUUGAUCUUUAUGUACAUCUUCUUCCAGCUGAUAAUUGCAUCAUGGAUGAACAUAAACGAGAAAUUGUGGAAGCUAAGCAAAUUGUUAGAAAACUUACAAUGGUUGUAUUGUCUUCUGAAAAAAUGGAUGAGCGAGAGAAAGAAAAGGAAAAAGAAGAUGAUAAAGUAGAAAAGCCACCUGAUAACCAAAAACUUGGUUUGUUGGAAGCCUUAUUAAAGAUUGGUGAUUGGCAGCAUGCACAGAACAUUAUGGAUCAGAUGCCUCCAUAUUAUGCUGCUUCGCAUAAGCUAAUAGCUCUGGCUAUUUGCAAGCUCAUUCACAUAACUAUCGAGCCUCUCUACCGAAGAGUUGGCGUUCCUAAAGGUGCUAAGGGCUCACCUGUUAAUGCUUUGCAAAAUAAGAGAGCACCAAAACAAGCAGAGAGCUUUGAAGAUUUGAGGAGAGAUGUCUUCAAUAUGUUCUGUUACCUUGGUCCUCACCUUUCUCAUGAUCCCAUUUUAUUUGCAAAAGUGGUGCGCAUAGGCAAAUCAUUUAUGAAGGAGUUUCAGUCUGAUGGAAGCAAACAAGAAGAUAAAGAGAAAACGGAAGUUAUCCUCAGCUGUUUGCUUAGCAUUACUGACCAGGUACUACUUCCAUCUCUUUCUCUAAUGGACUGCAAUGCUUGUAUGUCUGAGGAACUAUGGGGAAUGUUUAAAACAUUUCCAUAUCAGCACAGAUAUCGUCUGUAUGGCCAGUGGAAGAAUGAAACUUACAACAGUCACCCACUUUUAGUAAAAGUUAAAGCUCAAACAAUAGAUAGAGCCAAAUAUAUCAUGAAGCGUCUAACCAAGGAAAAUGUGAAACCUUCUGGAAGACAGAUUGGGAAACUUAGCCACAGCAAUCCAACCAUUUUGUUUGAUUAUAUUUUGUCACAAAUACAGAAGUAUGAUAACUUAAUAACACCUGUAGUAGAUUCACUGAAAUACCUCACUUCGUUGAAUUAUGAUGUCUUGGCCUAUUGUAUCAUUGAAGCUUUAGCUAAUCCAGAAAAAGAGAGAAUGAAACAUGAUGACACAACCAUCUCAAGCUGGCUUCAGAGUCUGGCUAGUUUCUGUGGUGCAGUUUUUCGUAAAUAUCCAAUUGAUCUUGCUGGUCUUCUUCAAUAUGUGGCUAAUCAGCUAAAGGCGGGCAAAAGUUUUGACCUGCUUAUAUUGAAAGAAGUGGUACAAAAAAUGGCAGGAAUAGAAAUUACCGAGGAAAUGACAAUGGAGCAACUAGAGGCCAUGACUGGUGGGGAGCAACUAAAAGCUGAGGGUGGUUAUUUUGGCCAGAUCAGAAACACUAAAAAAUCCUCCCAGAGAUUAAAGGAUGCACUAUUGGACUAUGAUCUUGCUCUUCCCCUCUGUUUGAUUAUAGCUCAGCAGAGGAAUGGGGUGAUCUUUCAAGAAGGUGGAGAGAAACAUUUGAAACUUGUGGGAAAGCUCUAUGAUCAGUGUCAUGAUACCCUGGUACAGUUUGGUGGGUUUUUAGCAUCUAAUCUAAGCACAGAAGAUUAUAUAAAGCGAGUGCCUUCAAUUGAUGUGCUCUGUAACGAAUUUCAUACACCCCAUGAUGCAGCAUUUUUCCUGUCUAGGCCAAUGUAUGCACACCAUAUUUCAUCCAAGUAUGACGAACUUAAAAAAUCAGAGAAGGGAAGUAAACAGCAACAUAAAGUUCACAAGUAUAUUACAUCAUGUGAAAUGGUGAUGGCCCCUGUCCAUGAAGCAGUAGUCUCAUUACACGUUUCCAAAGUCUGGGAUGACAUCAGCCCUCGAUUCUAUGCCACAUUCUGGUCAUUGACAAUGUAUGACCUUGCAGUUCCACACACCAGCUAUGAACGGGAAGUCAGUAAACUUAAAGUCCAGAUGAAAGCAAUUGAUGACAAUCAGGAAAUGCCUCCAAAUAAAAAGAAAAAAGAGAAGGAGCGCUGUACUGCCCUUCAGGACAAACUUCUUGAAGAAGAAAAGAAACAGAUGGAACAUGUACAGCGAGUUCUACAGAGACUGAAACUGGAAAAGGACAACUGGCUUUUAGCAAAAUCUACCAAAAAUGAGACCAUCACAAAAUUUCUACAGCUGUGUAUAUUUCCUCGAUGUAUUUUUUCAGCAAUUGAUGCUGUUUACUGUGCUCGUUUUGUUGAAUUGGUACAUCAACAGAAAACUCCAAAUUUUUCCACACUUCUUUGUUAUGAUCGAGUUUUCUCUGAUAUAAUUUACACAGUUGCAAGUUGUACUGAAAAUGAAGCUAGUCGAUAUGGGAGAUUUCUUUGCUGCAUGUUAGAGACUGUAACCAGGUGGCACAGUGAUAGAGCCACAUAUGAAAAGGAAUGUGGAAAUUAUCCAGGAUUCCUUACUAUAUUACGGGCAACUGGAUUCGAUGGUGGAAAUAAAGCUGAUCAAUUAGACUAUGAAAAUUUUCGGCAUGUUGUACAUAAAUGGCAUUACAAACUAACCAAGGCAUCGGUACAUUGCCUUGAAACAGGCGAAUAUACUCACAUCAGGAAUAUCUUGAUUGUGCUAACAAAAAUACUUCCUUGGUACCCAAAAGUUUUGAAUCUGGGCCAGGCUUUGGAAAGAAGAGUGCAUAAAAUCUGCCAAGAAGAAAAAGAGAAGAGGCCUGAUCUAUAUGCAUUGGCUAUGGGCUACUCUGGGCAGUUGAAAAGUAGAAAGUCAUACAUGAUACCUGAAAAUGAGUUUCAUCACAAAGACCCCCCUCCGAGGAAUGCAGUUGCCAGUGUACAAAAUGGGCCUGGUGGUGGGUCUUCUUCAUCGUCCAUAGGAAGUGCAUCUAAAUCUGAUGAAAGCGGUGCUGAGGAGAAUGAUAAAUCAAGGGAGAGAUCUCAGUGUGGUGUGAAAGCUGUUAAUAAAGCUUCUAGUGCCACACCAAAAGGGAAUUCAAGCAAUGGAAAUAGUGGCUCUAACAGCAAAAUCAUUAAAGAAAAUGACAAAGAGAAAGGGAAAGAAAAGGAGAAAAGAGAAAAGACUCCAGCUACUACUCCAGAGGCCAGGGUACUUGGUAAAGAUGGUAAAGACAAACCGAAGGAAGAACGACCAAAUAAAGAUGAAAAAGCAAGAGAGACGAAGGAAAGAACACCUAAGUCUGACAAAGAGAAAGAAAAAUUCAAGAAGGAAGACAAAGCUAAAGAUGAGAAAUUCAAGACCACUGUCCCCAACGUAGAAUCAAAAUCGACUCAAGAAAAGGAAAGAGAGAAGGAGCCAUCCAGAGAAAGAGAUAUAGCAAAGGAAAUGAAAUCAAAGGAAAAUGUAAAAGGAGGAGAAAAAACUCCAGUUUCUGGGUCCUUGAAGUCACCGGUUCCCCGAUCAGAUAUUACUGAGCCUGAAAGGGAACAAAAACGCCGCAAAAUUGAUACCCAUCCUUCUCCAUCACAUUCCUCAACAGUAAAGGACAGUCUCAUCGAACUCAAGGAGUCUUCAGCAAAGCUCUACCUUAAUCAUACUCCUUCACCACUGUCCAAGAGUAAGGAGAGAGAAAUGGACAAGAAAGAUUUGGACAAGUCAAGGGAAAGAUCCAGAGAAAGAGAGAAAAAAGAUGAAAAGGACAGGAAGGAACGGAAAAGGGAUCACUCAAACAAUGACCGUGAAGUGCUACCGGAUUUAACCAAGAGGCGAAAAGAGGAAAAUGGAACAAUGGCGGUUUCAAAACACAAAAGUGAAAGCCCAUGUGAGUCUCCUUAUCCAAAUGAGAAAGACAAGGAAAAAAAUAAGUCCAAAUCUUCAGGCAAAGAAAAAGGCGGUGAUUCAUUUAAAUCAGAAAAAAUGGAUAAAAUCUCCUCCAGUGGCAAAAAGGAGUCCAGGCAUGAUAAAGAAAAGAUAGAAAAGAAAGAGAAACGGGACAGUUCAGGAGGAAAGGAAGAGAAGAAACAUCAUAAGUCCUCGGACAAACACAGAUAAUGAAGACUUUCCAUCAAGGGUAUGGACAGAUCCCUAAGCUGAAGGUCUCCCAGAGGAGGAUGCCAAAGCUCCAUGCGUCACUCUCAGAACGAUAUCUCCCAUACUUAAGAGCUUCUGGUGCUGUCCAUUUAAUGGGAAUCUGCUUUAAGUCAGAA